AUAAAAAAUGUUGGUGGACCCCUAGCUGUAGUAUCAGUUUACAAGGUAGUUUGAGUGAAAGAUGGGAAGCUUCUGGACACUGCUCUCGUCAGCAUUGCUACUUGCCACAGUCUCAGUUUCAGGGCAAGAAAGCCCCGUUGUACCAGGAGGAGUCCCUCCUCCUCCUCUACCCCCUGCUGCUGCAGCCCCUCUUCCUGUCCCGGCAAGUUCAGCUCCAGUUGGAGUAGGCGCUCAGCCUGCACUUCCACCUACCCCUGCUGCUCCAGUAGCAGCACCAGGAUUAGUGGCACCAGCAGCAGCUUCAGUUCCAGCACCUACUCCACCAGCCCCAGCCCCAGCUGAGUCUGCUGCGGCAGCAAAUGGUGCGAUACCAGCUGCACCUCCAAGUGUCCCACCCGCUGGAGUAGUUUCUAAUGGAGUAAGUGAGACACGAGAUCAGCUAGACUUAACAGAUCUAUCCAAGCUUGAAGAAGUCCUGGCGGAGAAACUUCCUCUUUCAUCCCCUGUUCAAGGGGAAGUUACUAAACCUGAUGAUAUCAACAGAUUACUUAGUUCAUCUCGGGUUCAGGAAGAACCACAGGAGGUUGCACCGUUCCGGGUUGGAAAAACUACAAACCCUGAGAGCGAGGAGGGUCGACUUGAAAAACCGGGGGAUACAGCAGAUGCUGUGAUGUCUGCCCAUUCAGUGAUGGAGGAAACAGGAAUAGGCGCAGGAGAAGGGGAAACAGGUAAAGCAGCAGAAACAGGAGCAAAAGAAGGCGGAGAAACAGGACAAGACGAUGAUUUAGUGGCUAGCAGGGUCCAAGAAGCUGCUCUGGAUGAUAAACUAGGAAUGGAGCUGCUGGGUAUUGUCGAACAAAUUCAGGACAUGCAGAAGGAGGUAGCUGAUGCACUGAAAGACGAAUAAAAAAAAC